AAAUGAGGAUCAAUUCGACAUUAUGACAUUAACGAUUUCUUUGCCUGGUGUUUUUUUAUUCGGAAUCACUUAAUCAAUUAAUUAUAAUAAUGCAUAGCACGUUUCAUUUAUUAUAGCUGACCCUCAUAGUUGGUGGUCAGCUGGUGUUCAUGUGACUAGUGAACUCUAGAUGGUGCUAAUUUGCAAAUUGACAAUUGCAUUUGCUGAGACGAUUGGUUUUUUUAUAUCUCUCAUUUUCUACACGAAUUUGUCAAAAUUUGCAGAACAAAAGAGCGUUUAAUAAAUGAUUUCUUCAAAAUAAAGCGCAUUUGUAAAGCCAUACAAUGUUAAAAGUCUCCAUCGGACAGGGUAAAGGAUUGAGGACCUUUGAAGAAGUGUGGCCCGAAAAACGUCUUAUAGUGCUGAAACUAUUAAACCAAGAAACUGUUUCGCAAUUAGAAUGGCAGGAAUUGUUUUAUGGUGUACAUUUGGUUUGCUUGUGGGAUGAGAAAGGAGCCACGAAAAUUUAUGACUGCUUGCGAGCAGAUAUUGUCGAAUUUAUAGUACAUGCUCAAAGCAAGGUACAAUCGCAACGCGGCGAACAGGCACUACUUACCACGUACAUUGUCGAAUGGCGUAAAUUCUUCACUCAAUCCAAUUACCUGCCGCUCCCUUUUCGCCAGUUGGAGCAGUCUCUACAGUUCAAGGUGCCUACGUCCUCCUCAACAUCGGCAUCUAGUUCCUCUGCCGCCAGUACAAGUGCCAAUACUACAUCAGCUUCAACAGCUGCCGGCCCCUCCACAUCAGCUGCUGCUGCAAACUCCACAACCUCACCGUCAGGAGGUAAUAGUAGUAAAAAAAAUACAACUGAUGAUUCUAUUGUACGCAAACUAAUGCUUGACUCUUGGAAUGAAAAUAUAUUUUGUGAUAUAAAAGAUCGUUUACAAGAAUCGGCCAUGAAAAUUGUUCAUGCUGAGCGGAACGGCGAUGCUUAUGAUGCGCAACUUGUAAUUGGUGUGCGUGAAAGCUACGUAAAUUUAUGUUCUAAUCCAGACGAUAAACUUCAGAUCUAUCGAGAGAAUUUUGAAGCAGCUUACUUAAAGGCAACGGCUGCAUUUUAUCGUCUUAAAACCACAGAACAACAGCAGGCAAAUGGAGUAUUGGCAUUUAUGAGAUAUGCAGACGCAAAAUUACGAGAAGAAGAGGCACGUGCGAAACGAUACCUUGAACCAAGUAGUUAUUGUGUUCUGACUCAAACUUGUGUCAAAGCGCUGAUCGGUGAUCAUAUGAACACAAUCAUUGCCGAGUGUGCAGCACUAAUAAAAGAAUACGAAACCGAAAAACUAAAUCUCAUGUUCCGCCUUUUGGAUCGUGUGCACGAUGGUGUUGAACCAAUGUUGCGCGACUUAGAGAGCCACAUUGUUACUGCCGGUUUAGCAGACAUGCUCUCAGCCUCCGAUGUAAUCACACAAGACUCAGAAAAAUAUGUGGAACGACUGCUUGAACUAUUCAAUAAAUUCAGUCUAUUAGUAAAAUAUGCCUUCAACGAUGAUCCGCGAUUCCUGACGGCACGCGACAAAGCAUUCAAGACGGUUGUCAAUGAUACAAGUGUGUUUAAGCUCGAACUACCAACCGGCUUAACAAACCGUGGCGUUAAGUCUAUCACUCCUGAGAGUAAAUGCCCAGAACUUUUAGCAAAUUAUUGUGACAUGUUACUGCGUCGCACCCCAUUAAGUAAGAAGCUUACUAGCGAACAAAUCGAUGCUCGAUUACGCGACGUGCUAUUAGUGCUAAAAUAUGUGAACAAUAAGGACGUGUUUAUGCGAUAUCACAAAGUUCAUUUGACUAGAAGACUCAUUCUUAGUACGAGCGCAGACAGCGAAAAGGAAGAAGACAUUGUUGAAUGGUUACGCGAAGCCGGUAUGCCAGCGGAUUACGUAAAUCGAUUAGGGCGUAUGUUCCAAGACAUUAAACUUAGUGAAGAUUUAAAUACUCAAUUCCGCAACUGCACCGGUCGCCAUGACGCAAUUAAUAUCAAGAUUCUCAAUGCCGGUGCUUGGGCACGUUGCUCUGAACGGGUUUCUGUGAGUUUGCCCCUUGAAUUGGAGGAUUACAUUCCAGACGUGGAAGAGUUUUAUAAGAAAAACUUUUGUGGUCGUAAAUUGCAAUGGUAUCAUCACAUGAGUAAUGGCACAAUUACAUUUGUAAACAAUUUUGGUCGAUACGACCUGGACGUGACCACAUUUCAAAUGGCUGUGCUUUUUGCAUGGAAUCAACGGCCACAUGAUAAAAUCUCGUACGAGAAUUUACGUUUAGCAACGGAAUUACCAGAUCCGGAACUCAGACGAACACUCUGGUCGCUUGUGGCGUUUCCAAAACUGAAAAAACAAAUUUUGCUCAUGGAACCCUCAACAAUAACAACGCCGAAAGAAUUUUCAGAAAAUACUUUAUUUAGCGUUAAUCAGGAAUUUGCUGUUGUGAAAAAUGGCAAACCACAGCGCAGAGGAAAGAUGAACAUGAUUGGUCGUUUGCAAUUGAGUACAGAGCGCUCGCAACAGGAAGACAAUCAAUCAAUAGUGCAGUUGCGUAUAUUACGCACCCAGGAAGCCAUAAUUAAAAUUAUGAAGAUGCGCAAACGCUUGAAUAAUGCAACAUUACAGGCGGAGUUGAUUGACAUACUCAAGAAUAUGUUCUUGCCAUCGAAAAAAAUGAUUAAAGAGCAACUGGAGUGGUUGAUCGAGCACAAGUAUAUGCGGCGUGACGACGAUGACAUCAAUACAUUCAUUUAUGUGGCUUAAUAAGUUCAAGGAUAUACAGAUAAUUAGGCUCGGCAGCAUACAACAGAGAGUGAGAUAUGUUGUAUUACUAUUGCCUCUCCGUUUUUACUAUAUUUUAAUAAUUUAAAUUUUACCUUAUAAGUUAAUUGAAGUGGUCCAAAUGUGGAAUGCUAUUUAUAACACAUACCCAAAUAUCAUAUAAUAAUUCAUUAGUUUAAGAUAAUAUAUGCUUAGGAAUAUUUAAAAUGCCAAACAUUUGCAAUUACUUUAAACAUGUUUGUACACGCGGGUUCUUAAAUUAUGUUUAACAUUCGGUACUAGUUAGAACGCAUUACAUUCAUUGACUCCAAGUCACCCUUGUGUAUUAGUUAUAGAUAACUCGACUUUUCGGUUAUCAAUCGGCGACUGCUUCAUUUAUCCCUUUUUCUAAAUAUGUAUAUCGCAGUUAAGUCAUUAUUAUAU